GCGGUAGUCUUCCACUGCGCCCUGAACCCGGAAGUAAAUAUUUGACGGCGUAAACACGUGGAUUGUUGAGAACGCAAGUCGGUGAAAUAACAGUAAUAUAGAUCAUGGGCAAAUCCAAGCAGGUGGGCAACCACAAAAAUGGCAGAAAGAAGAACAUUGCAAAGACAUGGAAGACAAAGCGAAGGACAAAGGACUUGGACCAGAUCCAUGCUGACAUGAUCCCUGCCAAUGCAGCCAAACUCCUGAAACAGGAAGUGGACUAUGAUGUCACAGGCUUCGGUCAGCACUACUGCCUGCACUGCGCGCGCUACUUUGUUGACCUGAAGGCCAUGAAGGAGCAUUUCAAGACCAAAGUCCAUAAAAAACGGUUGAAGGAGCUCAGAGAGGAGCCGUACACCCAGGCCGAGGCGGAGAGAGCGGCGGGAAUGGGCUCGUACGUCCCACCUAAAAAGGUCGAAGUGCAGACGCAGGAGGUGGAGGAAGACAUGGCAUGAACGGCGUCCGUCAUCUCAAGACGACUGCGGCGUGACGGUCAUUUUCAGUCGGAGUAUCUCACCCUCGGACGCCUUUAGACCUAAACCGCGGGUUUUUAUUCGUAGUGUCGGAGUGUUAAAGCACCGCGCAGCGUGUUAUCAGGUAUAUUAGUGAUGGAAAGCCUGAGCUGUAUAGUGCGCUGACUAAGAAAGUUCCUGACUGACAAUUUACCUGUCAAUCAAAUCCCACAGUAGCACACUGAUGUGGUGUGUGUGUGUGUGUGUUCUGUGUAUCAGGAUUUGACUGGACUGACCACAAGCGACAUCAUAUGUAAAGUCAUGUAAAUAAAUUGUGAAAUCACA